CACAAUUCCAGUGAAUGGCAAAUUAUACUUUUCGCCGUGUGAAGCCGCAUUUCUUAUUCGUUUACCACUUUUGCUGAAUUUUAACAACUAAAGAUGUCAAAGGCCCAUCCCCCAGAGUUGAAAAAGUACAUGGACAAGCGCAUGAUGCUGAAGCUGAACGGCGGACGCGCCGUCACCGGCAUUUUACGGGGAUUCGAUCCGUUCAUGAACGUGGUCCUGGACGAUACCGUGGAGGAGUGCAAGGACAACACCAAGAACAACAUUGGCAUGGUGGUAAUCCGCGGCAACAGCAUUGUCAUGGUGGAGGCACUGGACAGAGUUUAGCAGCAGCUUCGGAUCAUCAAGUCUUUAUCUUAUAGUGUAGUGUUAAGCUUCUGAAAAUAUGCAUUCUCUGUAACGUCUUUCACACGACAAAGCUAUAAAUUUUCUGUAAAGUUU